AAUAUACUUAAAUAUAAAUAUUUGUUUUAUUAGUAAUUUAUCGUCCAAUUCAAAUUAAUAUCUCAUGAAUUUGUUUUAUGAUGGCUUAUAGGUCCUAUCAUAAUACCAGACUGGGACAUAUUACUGUAUAAUAACACAUUUAAGUAUGAGUACAGUAAUGACCGAAAAGUGGACCUGUAUUGCAGUUUUCCCCGAACCAAUUACAUCACAUUAUACUCGAUUAAAAUGUAUAAAAACACAACCUUGUUAUACUCGAUAAUUAUGACAAACAACAAUGGUACGGGGUGUUUAUCAACGAGCUCUGCCCGACAAAUGGACUCAACUAUACGCCUACAUCAAGAUCACGUGGUCAUAACCAUACCUCACCCCACCGAUACGACCAUGGGCAAUUAUUCGUGUCAAUUCAAUUACCUGGAUAUUACCCAUAAUUCCCAAUUAAUUUAUUCCUCUUUACUGAAUAUAUGCAAUAAGAAAUCGUGCACUCGUUUGCAUAUCCGACAGGGCACGAUCAGCCCUUAUACCGGUAAACAGGAUUAUAACCACGAUAAUUAUACAUACUAUGAAUCGUGUGUGUAUAGCACAAACGGGAGUGCCCAGGUGACAUUAGUUACCGCUGAUAGCACAAACGGGAGUGCCAAGGUGACAUUAGUUACCGCUGUGUUUAGUGCAUGCUUACUUAUGCUCGCGCUCACUUAA